AUAAACUUACUUUUUUUUUUUUGAAGUAAACUUGCUUACAAUUCUGAUGGUAGAUCAUUCUAGGUUUCUAGAGUAACUAAUUAAUACUUCCUAUUGCCUAAAAGAAACCCUAAAACCCAAAGGCAAUCUAAUAGACUAACACUUUCAUUUCACAAAAAUGCCGCCAGCCACCCUUAGUCCUCCACUCUCUUACUCUCUUACCUCCUUCUUCUUCUUCUUCUUCUUCUUCUUCCUCCUCUUCUUGCUCUACUCUCUUACUCUAUUGCAAAUAUCUAGUAGGUAUAACAAGGUUAAUUAGUGCUGAAAAAAUUAUGUAUUACACUUUCAUAAGCCCGUUAGCCCGCGGGCAGCCCGCAUUUUAUGUACAGGGCGGGUAAGGGUAAUAAAUAUAUUUUUGGCGGACUGGUAAGGGCAGCAUUUUUAAGCCCGUUGAACAGAUUUUUGGGAAAGUUGCCCGUCCGUUACCCGUCCAAACCCGCAAACGAUCAGCUCUAGUCAAAAUAUCUUAAUUUUGUUCUCUUCAACGAAAAUUAACACCCCUUUUGCUUUCAUCAUAUUAACAGUUUGGGGAAUCUUUCCUUUUUUCUGAUUUCCUAAUUUAAUUAGGAAAGUAGCAUUAAAUUUUCCUAUUUAAAAAGAACUCUACAACCCUUUAUAAAAUCCAUUAGGGACACGCAAGACAGAGAAAAUUCAUUGUUUAGUUUUCCUCUUCUACCAGAAGCUCUCGGGGCGGUUGUUAACUGAAUAAUUCUGGGAAUUAAGCUGUGAUAAUAUUUAUAGAUUCACUCAAUGGAUUUGAGAUUGAAACCAUUUACUACUAGUACUAGUACUAGUACGAAGAGGUUGAAACCAUGUGUAGACGAUAAUCCAGUAGUAGAAGAUAGGCUCACCAGUUUACCUGAUGAAUUGUUAAUUCGGAUACUUAGUUUGGUUCCUACCAAGGAUGCUGCUGCUACUUGCGUCUUGUCUAAGAAGACAUGGCCUGUUUUCCGUCAUAUGAUUAGCCUGGAGUUUGAUGAUUCACCUAUAUCCCAUUGUUUGAGACAUCCUUAUGCAGUUGAACGUUUCCCCAGUUUUGUCAACUUUGUGGAUAAUGUCCUCCAAUCAUACCAGUCUCAGUACCUCACCAGGUUUUGUCUUCGUAUGGGCAAGGACUUUCGAACUAGGUACUUCGGAGGUUGUGAACCAGCUAUGCGCAGAUGUGAGAAAUGUUGUUUGCCUGACUUGAAUCCCACACAAAUUAAUGCAUGGAUCUCUUUUCCAUUUACUGCUCCUAGUUGUGGUGGUGUAACUUUAAGGGAGCUUGAGCUCUGCAUUAACGUCAGGGAACCCGGUCAUAGUCAGCUUCCCCCGGAAAUCUUUACUUGUCAAACAUUGGAGGUAUUGAAGCUUGAUGUUAACCUUGGUCUUGACCUAGCUUACACCAUGCCAUCUUUUCAUCUUCCAAACUUGAAGUUACUGGACCUCCGUCUAUCUUUCAUCUCAGAAGAAAGCUUUGUGUCGAGGCUGGUUUCAAGCUGCCCUUUGCUCCAAGACCUCACUGUCAUAGCCUGGUUUAACCAUAUCCAUUCCAUGACUAUCUCUUCAACUUCUCUCAAGAGAUUGUGUUUAGACAUCUAUAUGCUCGAGAACGAAUUUGAUAACACUGAUUUUGUGCGUAUUCAUACUCCUAAUUUGGAGUAUUUUAAGUACAGUGAUAAUUUAGCAUUACACUACUCAAUCCCAAACAUGGAUCGUCUUGUCAAAGCAGAUAUCUUAAUGGGAUCCAACUCGCAAAUGGGAACACUUGAGGAAUCUACUAAGCAAGUGCUUAACUUUAUCAAACCCUUGUCUAAUGUUCAACAUUUAUAUCUGUUCGGCUGCUGCACAGAGGAACUAAACGUUCCAGGAGUAGAGGAUCAACUUCCCGUGUUUCACAAUUUGAAGUAUCUCAAGUUGGGUUAUGUUGGAUACACCUAUUGGGAUAAAGUGCUGUUGGCCUUCCUUAAUCGUUCACCUGUCUUAGAAACGCUUGUUUUUCCAUCGGGUAUAUCUGAUGCCUGUGUGGACCAACACGGGUGUGUAUCGGUAGUGGAAGAUGAUUUGGAAGCAGCGAGGAUGGAACGAAAAUUCUGCAGAAAAACUCUAGCAACUAUUCCAUGCUGUUGCAGGUCUUAUCUGAAAACAAUUGUGAUAAGUUCUUACUUUGGUGGUAUCAAACGGGAAAUAAAUUUGAUCAAGUUUUUGCUGAGACAUGCACUAGUUUUGGAGGAAUUAAUCGUAAUUCGAGAUGUUCGGUAUUCGAGAAGAGAUCAUAGAGAUCAUAAGAGACUGGAGAGCAAGUUGCAAAAUUUACCAAGAGCCUCACCCAACUGUUUAAUUCAAGUGCAAUGAUCAAUAUUAUGAAACAAUGUUAAUUAGUUUUUGUAUUAUUAUAUUAUAUUAUUAUAAAUUUAUGAGAUCUUA